AAUUUCUUUCGCGUCGUCUGUCUAUCUGAUUGUUAUGAUAUCUUUGUGUUUGUUGUCCUACACAGUACACAGGGAAGUUGUUGGUAUACGUUUGAAGGCGGUGUACGGAAGGAGUUUAAUGAAGGAGAGUUAACUAGUUUCUAUUAAAGUUAUAACUAAAUCAUGGCGGGAAUGAACGACGAAAAACUGCGGAUGAUGGAGGAUGAAAUGAACAGGUUUGAGGCUGAAAUCGCCUUGCCUGUUCUUCCACCUCCACCGCCUCCACCUCCACCGCAGCAGCCACCUGUGACUACGGUGCAAGCACAACGAGCAGUUAUAGGUGCCAAUACCUACAAUCAAGUGCAGCGGCGACUGGAAGAACAGCAGAUGGUACCUGCAGUCCCAGAUUAUCAGACCGAUCCACCACUGACGUUUGCACCAAUAAUACAGCCUGUCGCUCCCUAUGCAGGAAUUCCUCCGCCGCCGCCCCCUCCCCCGCCGCCACCGCCGCCACCACCUCCACCUGUGUUGGUUCCACAUCAAGUGCAGAGGGGACCUCCAGUGCGACAUCCGGUGAUGCGCCCUGCGAUGGCCCCUGCGAGUGGCCCACCUGUGCUGCCGCCACCGCCUCCUGCUCCACCGAGCUUUAUGCCGCCUCCUUUUAUGCCCAUGCCUGGUCCACCUUUGAUGGACACAUCGAUGGUGGCACCUAUUGCAGCAGCUAUGGAGACCCCGAUUGCCCCAGUGCAAAAUCCAGUGCCAGCUAUCGUAAGUGCAACACCACUCAUCUAUUCGGCAAAGACUCCUGGUGACGGAGAAGACUCAGCUGCAGCAGUUCCUGCUGAUGGCGACAGCAGCGCAGAUGAUUUGGGUGGACAGAAGCGCAAAAAACUGAAAACUGAUAUUACUGAGGUCCACGUGCAGACGCCACAGCAGCGUGCCAAGGAAAUGUCUGACCGUGUGCGAGCCUCUACAGUUGUCACGGUUGGACCUACUGUACCGGGACAAGCAGCUGCAGACGAUUCAAACACUUCAAACCGUAAGAAGGAAAAGAAGUCGAAGAAGCAUGUUAGAAUGGCAGGAGGCCAGGUGUGGGAAGAUAGCUCUCUUGCAGAAUGGGAAGAAGAUGACUUCCGGAUAUUCUGUGGUGACUUGGGUAAUGAUGUAACAGAUGAAAUUCUGACAAGGGCUUUCAGCAAAUACCAGUCUUUCUUGAAAGCAAAAGUCAUUAGGGAUAAACGCUCAAACAAAACAAAAGGAUUUGGGUUUGUGAGUUUUAAAGAUCCCCAGGACUUCAUCAAAGCAAUGAAGGAAAUGAAUGGGCGGUACGUGGGCAGCCGGCCAAUUAAGCUGCGUAAGAGCACAUGGCGAGCACGGAAUAUCGAGACCGUGCGGAAGAAGGAGCGUGAGAAGGCCACUCUCAUCGGAUUGCUGACUGGCAGGUGACACGUGGAAGGUGUUCCUACCUAGUGGAGAAAAUGAGAAGAAAAUCGAGAGAACCUGUGAAAUAUUUGUUACGAUCACAGAAAAUGUGUUUAUUAACACAAAUUUUGUACGUAAUUUAUACGUGUGAAUAAACAAAUACUGUACAUACAAAA